CCCCUGUGACCCCAGGCUAGUGGCUUCUCUGUCUGGACACCCGGACACGCGAUCGCGAGCUCUGGACCCGGGAAGGCGGCCUCCCUGCUCGCUGCUCCUGGGCCCAGGCAGCAGUCAGCAGGCAGCUGGGCCGGCCUGGCCGGGCUCCAGAGGCGCGGAGCGGGUUAAAGUGUGCGCCAGGCCGGCCGGCGGCGGGCGGGGGACCAGCCUGGUGGGAAGUGUGAGUUCCUCCCUGUCUGCCUGACAGCUAUAAAGGCGGCCGCGCCACACAGCCGCCACUGGGCUGCACGCCUCCCUGGGAACCCCCUCUCGUGGGUGCUCUUUGAAGUGGAGGAGGGCGGCAGCAAGGGGGAGGAGGAGGAGGGGAGAGGCAGAGCCCACAGCUCUCCGCACGCCCAGCCGCCCCCUGCACCAAGCACCUGGCGCCGCCUGCCCACAGCCACUCAGCCCUUUCUCCAGGAGGACAACCUGCUGACCCGGGCCAGGAUGGACUGCAGACGGCAGCCUUCAUGCUGGGCCUGGUCUCUGCUGGCUAUGGCACUUACGGCUGGGGGUGUGGCAUCCACCGGGGCCACGGACAACAGCCCUACGUCCAACAGCCUGGAGGGGGGCGUGGACGCCACUGCCUACUGGUGGGGGGAGUGGACCAAGUGGACGGCGUGCUCGCGCAGCUGUGGGGCCGGGGUGACGUCCCAGGAGCGGCACUGCCUGCAGCAGAGGAGGACGUCUGUCACGGGUGCCGGGAACAGGACCUGCACAGGCACGUCCAAGCGGUACCAACUGUGCAGAGUACAGGAGUGUCCGCCGGACGGGAGGAGCUUCCGUGAGGAGCAGUGCAUCUCCUUCAACUCCCACGUGUACAACGGGCGGACGCACCAGUGGAAGCCCCUGUACCCCGAUGACUACGUCCACAUCUCCAGCAAGCCAUGUGACCUGCACUGCACCACGGUGGACGGCCAGCGGCAGCUCAUGGUCCCUGCCCGCGACGGCACGUCCUGCAAGCUCACUGACCUUCGAGGGGUUUGCGUGUCUGGAAAAUGUGAGCCCAUCGGCUGUGACGGGGUGCUCUUCUCCACCCACACGCUGGACAAGUGCGGCGUCUGCCAGGGGGACGGUAGCAGCUGCACCCACGUGACAGGCAACUACCGCAAGGGCAACACCCACCUCGGUUACUCUCUGGUGACCCACAUCCCGGCCGGUGCCCGAGACAUCCAGAUUGUAGAGAGGAAGAAGUCCGCCGACGUCCUGGCCCUCGCAGAUGAAGCCGGCUCCUACUUCUUCAAUGGCAACUUCAAGGUGGACAGCCCCAAGAACUUCAACAUCGCUGGCACCGUGGUGAAGUACCGGCGGCCCAUGGACGUCUACGAGACCGGUAUCGAGUACAUCGUGGCACAGGGGCCCACCAACCAGGGCCUCAACGUCAUGGUGUGGAACCAGAAUGGCAAAAGCCCCUCCAUCACCUUCGAGUACACGCUGCUGCAGCCGCCGCACGCCCACCGCAUCCAGCCCGUCUACUACAGCUUCUCCGAGCCCACCUCUGAAAGCGCAGAGAGCCAGGAGCUGGACGGGCCUGGACUGCUGGGCCUCCUUCAGCACAACGGCUCCCUGUACGGCCACGCCUCCUCGGAGCGGCUGGGCCUGGACAACCGGCUGUUUGGCCCCCCGGGGUCGGAGAUAGAGCUCGGUCUGAUCAAGGGCCAGGAGACCAAUGAGGUGUGCGAGCAGGCCAGCGGCGGGGCCUGCGAGGGACCCCCCAGGGGCAAGGGCUUCCGAGAGGGCAACGCCACCGGGAUGGUUCUCGCGGGGGACAAGGACGACCAAGAGGCCGACGCCCGCCUCGCCUCCCAGGAGCUCCUCUCAGCCAAUGCCGUCUCCGGCCAGCUCCUGGGUGCAAGCUCUGACUCCAGGGAGCUCGCCCUCAAUGAGACAGUCAACAGCAUCUUUGCACAGGGCGCCCCACGGAGCUCCCUGGCUGACAGCCUCUAUGUUGACUAUGAGGAGAACGAAGGGGCCGGUGCUUACCUGCUCAAUGGGUCCUACCUGGAGCUCAGCAGUGACAGGGUGACCAACACCUCCUCUGAGGCCCCGUUCCCCAACGCCAGCUCCAGCCUUCCCACCUUGGCUGGGAACAGGACGCACAAGGCCAGGACCAGGCCCAAGGCACGCAAGCAAGGUGUGAGCCCGGCGGACAUGUACCGGUGGAAGCUAUCAUCCCACGAGCCCUGCAGUGCCACCUGCACCACAGGGGUCAUGUCGACCUACGCCAUGUGUGUUCGCUAUGAUGGCAUCGAGGUGGACGACAGCUACUGCGAUGCCCUGACCCGCCCGGAGCCGGUCCAGGAGUUCUGUGCUGGGAGGGAGUGCCAGCCCAGGUGGGAGACCAGCAGCUGGAGCGAGUGCUCGCGCACCUGUGGCGAGGGCUUCCAGUUCCGCAUCGUGCGCUGCUGGAAGAUGCUGUCUCCCGGCUUCGACAGCUCUGUGUAUAGCGACCUGUGCGAGGCGGCCGAGGCCGUGAGGCCCGAGGAACGCAAGACGUGCCGGAACCCGGCCUGCGGGCCGCAGUGGGAGAUGUCCGAGUGGUCCGAGUGCACGGCCAAGUGUGGAGAGCGCAGUGUGGUGACCAGGGACAUCCGCUGCUCCGAGGAUGAGAAGCUGUGUGACCCCAACACCAGGCCCGUUGGGGAGAAGGACUGCACGGGCCCCCCCUGCGACCGCCAGUGGACUGUUUCCGACUGGGGGCCGUGCAGUGGGAGCUGUGGCCAGGGCCGUAUGAUCAGACAUGUGUACUGCAAGACCAGCGACGGACGGGUGGUGCCCGAGUCUCAGUGCCAGGUGGAGACCAAGCCGCUGGCCAUCCACCCCUGCGGGGACAAGAACUGCCCCGCCCACUGGCUGGCCCAGGACUGGGAGCGGUGUAACACCACCUGUGGCCGAGGUGUAAAGAAGAGGCUGGUGCUGUGCAUGGAGCUGGCCAAUGGGAAGCCGCAGACGCGCAGCGGCCCCGAGUGCGGGCUGGCCAAGAAGCCCCCCGAGGAGAGCACGUGCUUCGAGAGGCCCUGCUUCAAGUGGUACACCAGCCCGUGGUCUGAGUGCACCAAAACCUGUGGGGUGGGCGUGCGGAUGCGCGACGUGAAGUGCUACCAGGGCACGGACAUUGUCCGCGGCUGUGACCCGCUGGUGAAGCCCGUCGGCAGACAGGCCUGUGACCUGCAGCCCUGUCCCACGGAGCCCCCAGACGACAGCUGCCAGGACCAGCCAGGUACCAACUGCGCCCUGGCCAUCAAGGUGAACCUCUGCGGCCAUUGGUACUACAGCAAGGCGUGCUGCCGCUCCUGCAGGCCCCCCCACUCCUAGGCCUGGCAGCCGCUGCCCUCAGAGACCUGAGCACCCCGCCCUCAGGGCCACCGCAGCUUUUGGGGCCCCUCCUCGGACACCCUUCCUGCAGGGCACCCCGGGCUGUGAAGACGUUGACACUGAGCCUCUGCUCUCCCCGGGGAAGGACAGCCUCUGGGUGCCCGACGGCCUCCCGGACAGAACUGCCCCUGCCAUGGGCAGUUGUUCUUUGAGCCUGAGGAUGGUGUGUUUGUGGUUCCCAUCCCCCAGCACCCAGCCCAGCACCCAGCUGCCCAAGGGGGCCUGGGGCUGGAGCCCAGAGGUAGAGGGGACCCCUCCCCUCCACCCCCCCAGCCGCCUCCAUUCUCUGGGUGGCUGAACCUUCUGCUUGGCCUCGGGAAGGUCCUCUCUGCCUCCAGGACCCAGCGGUGAAGGUGGGGGCCGGGCGGGGGGGGGCACAGACACUGCGAUGUGGUGCCGCCUCGGACCCUGAUCCUAGUUCGGUGAGCUCCUGCCAGAGGAACUUUUAUCUCCCAACUUAGCAUCCGUUGCCUCUCUUAUACGAAACUGGCGUGCAUGGAGGAACUCACCGCACUUUACGCCCAGGAAGAGGCACUCUUUUUCACGGUAUACCAGUUAUGUCGUCUCCGUCAGUACUCCUCUGUAUGGUAAUAAAGUGGUGGUAUUUAUGGCGGCA